ACCUUGGAGCCGAGAAGAGUCAGAUGCACUUGCAAGCCUCUCUCUCUCCUUUUUUUGUUUUUAUUUCCCCAUCCAUACCCAAAAAAUGUCAUGAAGUGACUUUCACUUAACUGCAAAUAUUUAGAUAUUUGUGGGCUGUUCUCUUCUUCCCCUUUGAGCAUUAGCCAAUAGCCACAUGCUGCCUCCUCUCACAGCAAAGAGCUGCCUUAAGGGAGGAUCGUUACAGAGGCUUUUUUAAACCACCAAAGAAAAUGCAAAUAGUCUGUGUGCUCUUAGCAUACGCUCUGGUAUAACCAGCUUGUUACUGAAGCCAGCCCUAGACAGAUCUGGGAAGAAAAUACUGAACUUAGACUUCCCCAGAACCUUUCAUUUACUUCUAAGGGUGAAAACAGUGAGAAGAUCCAGUGUGUCAAGUUGGAGACUUAAAAAACUCUAGGUCUCAAGGUGAUACCUCUCAGGCAGAGCCCAUGGAUACCUCAGGAAAUACGACCGUAUUGUCUGGCGACAACUUGACGUGCCCUUUGACCAUUGACGACUUCCGAAAUAAAGUGUACUCCACGUUGUACUCCAUGAUUGCGAUUCUAGGCUUCGUUGGAAACGGCUUUGUACUGUGUGUCCUCAUAAAAACGUACCAGCAGAAGACAGCCUUUCAGAUCUACAUGCUGAAUCUUGCAGUGUCAGACCUCCUCUGUGUAUGCACCCUGCCUCUUCGAGUAGUGUAUUACGUUCACAGAGGCAACUGGUUCUUUGGUGACUUCUUAUGCAGAGUUAGUUCCUAUGCAUUCUACGUCAACCUGUACUGUAGCAUUUUAUUCAUGACAGCCAUGAGCUUCUCUCGCUGCAUAGCCAUAGUUUUCCCCGUCCAGAAUCUCAAUUUGGUAACUGAGAAAAAGUCCAGACUGGCAUGUAUGAGCAUUUGGAUUUUUGUCACACUGACAAGUUCUCCAUUUUUACUGAGUGGGUCUUACCAAGAAGGUAACAAGACAAAGUGCUUUGAACCUCCAAAAAGUAGUCAGAUGACCAGUCUGCUGGUCCUACAUUAUAUUGCGCUGUUUGUAGGCUUCAUUAUCCCCUUUAGUGUCAUAACAAUCUGUUAUGCCAUGAUCAUAAGGACCUUACUGAAGAAUUCACUGAAGAAGAAUCAGUCUACUCGUAAGAAGGCCAUCUGGAUGAUAAUCAUUGUAACAGCUGCCUUCCUGGUCAGCUUCACACCUUACCAUAUUCAGCGCACAAUCCACCUUCACUUCCUGAAGAGGAAAGACUCCAGCUGUGAAGACAUCCUUUUCAUGCAGAAAUUAGUAGUUAUAACCCUAUCCUUGGCAGCUUCAAACUGCUGCUUUGACCCACUCCUGUAUUUCUUUUCAGGGGGCAACUUUCGGAGGAGACUUUCCACAUUUAGAAAGGCUUCCUCCUCCAGUGUGAUACAGGGACCCAGGAAAAAGUUAUCAUUAAAGGAGAAAGACGAGGAGGCAUUUCAAGAAAGCCAUAGACAAGCUUGAUGUGUAGUGUAGCUGUACUUCCUUUGUAAAGUUUUUUGAGUGGCGCUGCAGUAGAAAUAAGCUCACAGUGGGACACCCACGAUUGCAGAACUCCUGCAGGAGAAAUGAACAAAACAAAUGCAUCUUCAUCAAAGUUAAAUAGAGACAAAAAUCCAAAGGGACCUGCUUCUACUCAUUCCUUUCUGACCAGACACCCCUCUGGCUGCCGUUUAGGGGUUUAUCUGAUCAUACUGUGGAGCAUUCUGAGGGUAAUUUUAAAUUCCAAGAUACUCAAAGCAAACAGGGCUGAAAUGUGCAUGGAUAUUCUGAAUACGUGCUCAGAAGACAUGUAUAUUCCGCCCCCCACACCACCACCACCACCAUUAAACAAGUUACAUCAGAGCAGCAGGAAAACAUUUGCCGGCUGGUAAAUUCAUGCAAACAAACUCUUCAAAUCCCAGAUAAGGUCAUGAGGCAAGUCUACAAAGGCCAUUAGUCACUGAGCCAGUGGGAAAUGUAAAUAUUCGCCAAGAUAGAAGUUGAUGGAACUUAUGCAAAAGGGGAGAGUAUGCACUGAAUCCCAAAACAGACACUGAUUUCACAGGAAAAUUUCUUCCCUAUUCCCAGUUAUUUAUUGCCCUGGCUUUUAACUUUCAGUGGCAUAGAUCAUUGAUUGUCACCACCUAAUUCAGAAGGGCGUGUGCACAGAUGACUUUAAGCCAUCUCUACACUUCCCCAGUUGUGGACCAGUUAUGUGGCAGGCCCAUCUUUUGGUGUAACUUAGAGCAGCCUAAGGACUGUUCUAACUUGUACUAGCUACUAACAACCCCAAGGAACUGAUCCUGCAGCCUGGGAUUAGGGAAACCCCAGCCAUUAGGGGAUGGCAUAGGAGCUACUACACUGGCUCUGCAUCACCAGAUGAAAACCCAAUGCAGAAGUAAUCCUCAUGUGACCAUUUAUGCAAGCUUUAUGUACACUAUUAACUGGCAGUGCAACACAAAGAGCCAUACCAUACUAGAGGAUCUGAGCCUAUAUCUUCCCAUACAGGAACUGUAUUUGUCCCCCCUCCUCCCCACUCUUGCCUAUACAUUUCCUGUAAUUUGAGUUCCCUUUUGCAAAUAUAUUACAACACACUAGUUACCUCAGUUCACAGCUACAAGACCUUUGAAUGGCUUGCUGUCUAUCUGAAUUUUACAAGUAAAUCCCGAGAUAUAGUUCUGGUAUGUGCCUCCCAAACAAACACUUUGGCCCCAGUCCUGCACCAAUUGAACCCUAAAAACAUGAGUAGUCUCCUUGAAGCCAGUGGCUGCUUACAUACAAAAUGGGAACUGACUGCUUAGGAAGGAGUCCUGUGGAAAGGGAUCUGGGGGGUCAUAGUGGAUCACAAGCUAAAUAUGAGUCCUUGACCUCUGAGGCUAGGACAAGAAGCAAUGGGCUUAAAUUGCAGCAAGAGAAGUUUAGGAUGGACAUUAGAAAAAACUUCCUAACUGUCAGGGUAGUUAAGCACUGGAAUACAUUGCCUAGGGAGAUUGUUGAAUCUCUUUCUGCAGUUUUUUAAGAACAGGUUAGACAAACACCUGUCAGGUGUUUAUAUAAUACUUAUUCCUGUCAUGAGUGCAGGGGACUGGGCUAGAUGACCUCUCAAUGUCCCUUCCAGUCCUAUGAUUCUAUGAAUAUUAAGCCAUGCAUCAGUCAGGCUUUGCGGGGCUGGGGUGGGUGGGUUGGAAAAGCAUAUUUAAAAUUCAAGAUACAGAGUUGAACCCCACCCACCUUCCCACCCUAGCUCCUCUUUGAAGUGUUUUCCACCAUAAAGUGGCAUUGUAAAAGAGGGCUGAGCAGAGCAGGGUUAUUCUAAGUUGCCUGUGUAGCUUUGGGAGCAUUCCUGGAAGUAAUAUUAAACAGCAGUAAGUCAUCAGGUACAUUUUCCAUAUUGAAAAGGAGUACUUGUGGCAGUACUCCUUUUCUUUUUGCAAAUACAGACUAACACGGCUGUUACUCUGAAAUUUUCCAUAUUGUAUUUUUGCUCAGUUAUUAGAGGCUGGGAGGAUGAGCACCAAAACUCCACAUUUCCUCCUUGCAGCUCCCAUGUCUUUCCUUAUCCAUGACAUGUCCCAGCCUUCAAAUUAAUGCUGAUUAGCAGGAGGACUUUCUGGCUUCCUCUGACCAGGGGCGGGGUUCCAGUAAUGUAGUAUUUUGGGUUGGCACUGUUCUCUCCUGCCACUCCACUCUAUUCUGACCACGCAGGACAUGCUGGUCUCAAGCUGAAUUUUGCCUGCUCGAGGCAUGGAAGCGUGAGAGACCUUCUCUCCUUUCUUUCUUUGGGUUCCUGUCAGCUACAAGAGCUUUCCAAAGCUCCUGUGGCACCCCUCCUGCCAGGUAUUUCAUUGAACAACCUUAAUUUUAAUGUUAAAAUAUCUUUUUUUUAACACAAAAUAGAAUAGAAAUAUCAAUAAGAGUGGAAAUGCAGAGGCUACUGCUGUCCAAGACUUAAGCAGUGAAAUACACACUUAAAAUUCUCAAAAAAAAAGGAGGACUUGUGGCACCUUAGAGACUAACCAAUUUAUUUGAGCUUAAGCUUUCGUGAGCUACAGCUCACUUCAUCAGAUGCAUAAGGUGCCACAAGUACUCCUUUUCUUUGCGAAUACAGACUAACACGGCUGCUACUCUGAAACUUAAAAUUCUGCCACCAAACUCCAGAGAGGCUUGGAGUGAUUUCCCUUGCCUCAGGGGCAAUGUACACAGUCUCUGAAUAACCUUAAAUCAUCACCGCCCACAAAUGACUUCUCCCUGAGCCUCAUUACCGCCCACAAGUGACUUAUCCCUGAGCCUCAGGGCUUGUCUAGAUGAACAGUUAGUGUGCAGCAAGCUGGGGUAUAAAUCUACAGUCCCCUAACUGUCCAUGUGGACUCUGAUACCACUCCCUAAAAGUUCCCCAGUGUGCUUUGAUCUACUCCACUUUGAAUUGGAAAUAAGUCAGACAUAUAAGGUGUAAGCCUGGCUCUGUUGCAAAUUUGCAGUCAACGGGACAUUUGCUAUUGAUUUGGAUAGGACCAGGAUUUCACCAAUAACUGUGAAAAGAAAACGUUUUGCCAAAUGAUACUGCCACCUUCCUGGAUCAUAGUGAUGAGAAAAUGUUUUUGGUUAAAAGGGAAAACUAAGGAAUAGAUUCUGAAGUCCCUCCCACCCUUCACUCCAAACAUACUAUCCACGUACACAGUAUUUACCACAGCCCCAGGAAAAGCUGCUUAUUAAAAUAUUGUCAGCACAUCGCAUGCCUGCAGGUUAGUAAAUUAGGCAGUCCCAAGGCUAGAAGCAUUCUGAGGUGGAAUCCCAGAUUAAGCAAAUUGAAUGUACCUUGAGAACCUAGGAAAAACAUUGUACUAUAAGGAAGUUCCUCUACUAAGCAGAAAAAAAGAUUAUAGACGAGAACGUCUCUCCAGACACAACCGCUAUUAAUACUGUUCCUCUUUGUACUCCCACAGGGGAGGCUUUUAUAAGCAGGCAGAGCCUGAACAGCUGGUAGCUGAACUGCAGUUUCUGCGCCCCAAGUAGCCCCUUAUAAAACUGGACCCAGCUGCUCUCUGCUUCAUAGCUGACUAGUCUCACCUCACUUUCUUGUUUUAUGUGUCACUUCCUUUUUUGCUGGGUCAAGGAAAGUGGCGAUAUAUUCCAGGAUUAGAGGAACCAAGUCCCAGAGGAACCAAACUGAAGGACAUCAGGUGUGUUUUCUGCUUGAUUUAUAGGUGUGAUACACACAGAUAUCCCAGCCUCCCUCAGACAGAAAUCUGUUUGCUUUUAAUUCACAGUGAAAACAUUUUUUUCCAAUUAUACUAACUUCUGUUUGGGCUGCCAUUGUGAAUAUAAACUUACAGUGUUCCAACUUUCCAAAUAAAACAGAUUUAUAAAUCGUAUCAGCGCACAUAGAAGUUAAAGCAUAACUUAAGGUAGUAACCUGUCAUGUAAUGCUCACAUAAUAAAAAGCUUUGAAAUGUGGCUCACGCUGUAGGCUUUAUUUCAAUAGGACUAGUCCUAUAAAUAAUUGCAGUAACAUAAGGCUCUGUGGCCCUGAUCCUACAAUGAUCUCUGCAUGUAGGCAGGGGUCCAGACACUCAGAGCUCACUGAAGGAGUGGCAUCUAUAUUUGGGCAGUGCUGUGUAAAUGUAUGAGGCUAUAAAGUGAUUUUUAAUUUUAAAAAAAAAUGGCCUCCCGCCCCCCAAAAAGGGGUGAUUCCUGGCUGCACAUCUUGCUGUGGAAAAGAUAAAACCCAAGACCUCUGGAAAGAUCAUAAAGGAAAACUACACAAGAAAGAAAAAGAUAGAAGAUGGUUUACUAUACUUAAGGUAAACCAUGCCGGUGUCUUGUUAGAUAACAGUACAGAUGAAGGCUAGGCACGUUACCUUUAAAAGAUAAGUUGGGGGCAGAUUUUUGUCAUUCAUCCUAUAUCUAAGACAGCACCUUUGUGUUUUUUAACCAAGAAGGAAGGAGAAGUGCUCUGAACAGUUACAACGAGGAGUCCAGUGGUACCUUAAAGACUAACAGAUUUAUUUGGGCAUGAGCUUUUGUGGGUAAAAAAUCCACUUCUUCAGAUGCACGGAAACAAAAAACAGUCUCCCUUUCUCUGGAAUGCUGCAGACACUGGACUGAGGGCCCUUGGCAUACUAGAAAAGACAUACAGUAUAAAGACUCUUGUAAGAGUGAGUAUCUUAUCUGCAAAACAAGUAGUUAAAGCAAAAAUUGUUUAGUUUUGUGGUCUUAAUGCAGUCUGACAGUUUUCUGUAUAAAGGAAAUUACUCUAAUAUUGUAAAUUAAGAGUGGUCUACAUUGUUGUGUUCUGAAGAACGUGUUCUUUAGGUGUGAUGUAAAGUGUUACAGCUGUGUCUCAAGCUAUUUAUAUGGUGUUGUCAGUGGUGUCAUUGUAUAAGUGUGUUUGCACUGACCUAUUUUAAGAGUGUGUUUCAAAAUAUGCAUUAAGUACUAUAGAUAUAUCUAAUGAAAAAUGUUCCAUGCAAUGUAUUGUACAAUAAAGAUUUAUGUAUAACAUUUCUUAUUUCAUCGUUCUGUCUUUGAUGACAUAAUAUGAAUAGUAAGAAAAGGUACACCGGCCUGUUUUUGUAUAAGAGGCAAGGCUUUUGUACUUACAAAACAAUUACCGGACACAAUUAAAAGAAAAUGUUGCCAGUUA